ACAGUACUCUUCACCAGGCUUCUGCGGCCAAUAUGGCGGCGCAUACGAGUACUUCAACAAAAUCCAGCCAGAAAAAAAGGAACUCUCUGAUGUAUCUUGAGUAGUAGCAUGUUAGCAAGGUCACUGGAGCUGGAGAAAUCAAAAUGCGUUUUUUUCUGGGAAGAAAAGGGCGUUUUGCUUUAGUUGAUUUCAGAAGAACGCUUUCUACCCUAAUAUCGUUUGACGAAGUCCAUGUUCGUGACAAGUUCAAAGCUCUAGGAAGCGGCGAUGUUACGGUAACUAAACUGCGGGGAAACCAGCAAGGAAUUGCAGUAAUAACACUCAUGAAUCCCGAGCGUAAAAAUGCUUUGACAGGCUAUAUGAUGGUGAAACUGGCCGAGGCUGUUGACGAACUUGAACAAUGGCAAGAUGGCAAAGCUCUUGUGGUAGUGAGGGAUAUUUUUGUUCUGGAGGUGAUUUAAGUGUUGUUAAGGCGAUCAAUACCCCGGAAGAAGGGAACAUCAUGUGUGCCUUCAUGCAAAGAACGCUUAGUCGGCUGGGAAGGCUUCCCCUUAUCAGCGUGGCUGCAGUUGAAGGAAGAGCAUUAGGCGGAGGGGCUGAGGUGAGUGCAGAAAUUAAUACCAUACAUGCAAGACAUGCCAGAAACAGAGUCAGGGGCGGGGUGUUGUGGUCCACCUACCCUUACCCCAUUGACAAUCCACCCUUUCUUUGAUAGCCCAGAUACCCCUGCCUGCCUUCUUUAACUUGGACACAGACUUAGUAUCUGUGUGAGCGAGUAGCAUCCCUCCAAGUAAAUCUAUCCUUCCUUGAAGGGGCCCAUAAAACAGACCAGUUAACUCCCAUGUAUUUGGGUCACAGUAUUUCCAUAGAUCAUUUUGUCUGCAGUUUUCACUGAUAAGCCAUGUCCUUAUUAGCUGCCUCUCAAUCAAUAGCCUGCGUCACAGACGUAAUCUAAACCUGGCAAUAACAUCUGCAAAACAGCACUGAGAUCCUUAUUCUGGAUCCCCAAAGGACGGACUCAACAAAUUACAAAGAGUGGGUUUCGAAUUUCCCUUUAACCUAAUUGGCCUAUCAAACAAUAGCUUCUUUAACAGGCCAAUCAUGGCAUGUAUUCAAAUCCUGUUACACAGUUGGAGGUCCUGAACAAGGAUUUUGGCAUUGUCUUGCAGAUGGACUUAACAGGAAGUUAGGUUUUGUCAGUGGUGCCAGCUGCCACUUAGGCAUUACAAGUCAUAGUAAUCAUCCUAUUGUUUUUUCACAUUAUAGCUGGCAGUAGCCUGUGAUUUCCGUCUCAUGUCCAAAAGUGCAGAGAUCAGAUUUGUGCAAGUGAAGAUGGGCCUGACACCAGGGUGGGGUGGGGGAACUCGCCUUGUAAGGUUACUAGGGAAACAGCAAGCACUACAGCUACUAGGAAAAGGACAGAAAGUAGACCUGUCAUAUGGACGGCAGCUAGGUCUAGUUGAUGGUGAGCUGCCAACAAACCAGGUCAGACUUUGUUGUGAAGGAACUUUUAAAACAACUCUAAAUGUCCAACGUUUUCACUAUUAUAAUUUUUUUAUGUUAGAAGGGUGCACAACGUUUAUUAGGUUGGGAAAUUUGGAAAUUUAAUUUGAGAGUACAGUUUAUUUCCGCCUGAAGGCAGGUACUGUGCUCAGAGUACACUGGUGCCAAUACCUGGGUCUGGACUUCUAAUGAAACUCCUGUAGGUCACGGCAACAUAGAACAUAUUGGGUAAACAAAUUACAGAAUUGCAAAUUUAUGUACCCACGGAGCACUCAAGAGUUCUUACGAUCUCAUUUGAAUGUGUCCGUGCAUUUCAGAUCGAAUUGGAAUUUGAAAGUGUUGGUUUUUGAGGAGAGGAGAAAACUGGACAUACACUACCCGGAGAAAAACCUCUCGGAGCAAGGGAGAGGACCAACAACACACUUGACCCACAUUAGGGAUUGAUGCUGGGAUUUGAACCCAGUUCUCCCAUUGAUGGGAGGCGAGUGCUCCUCCUCCCACACCACCCUUCCCCCCACCCAAGGUUGAUAAGAAAAUCACAUGAACACAUAUCUAGUUAUAAGCUUUAUUUUCUCUGGGUAACUUUUCUUGCUGAAACCUCGAAAGACUUGGAAAUAAUCCUCAUAAUUAUCGUACUGAGUCUUACGAAUCGUCUUUCACGCACUAGUGCGUGAAAGACGAUUCGUAAAACUCAGUACGAUAAUUAUGAGGAGCUUUAUUUUCCUUAGUGAUGUUUACAUCAACAGAAUAGGAGGCCAAGCAGAUGAAAUAAAUCAUUGAAACAAGUAGUUAAGAUUGUUGUCAACAUGGCAGGUUUAAGUAAAUCCUAAUAGUUAAUUGGCAGGAGGCAGUCAUGUUAGAUCUUUAUAAGGUGAUCAAAAAAACCCUUGUGAUUUCUGAGAAAUAGAUCACCUUCUCUAUCACUGUUACUAACCACUGUAAACCCAACUGUGUACUGACUGUAAUUUUAUGUGCUGUCUCAAGUCUUCACUGUCACUGAGAAAGAAGAAGGUUGCCUCUGGAAACUAAAAAGGUGGCUUUCUUUCUCUUUCCUGUUUUUUUUUUUCUAGGAUGUAGUUACAAGUUGCUGUGAUUGGUUAUCAGAGUUCCUUGAGGCAGACACCUCUGUUCUUAGAGGAAUCAAGGGUGUGGUUUCUGCUGGAGAUCAUUUAGGAAAUCAAGAUGAACUAGAUAAGGAAAGGCAAGUCCAUUGUUCCCUUGAGUUAUAGCCAGGGUUAGUUGUGGAAACUUGUGUAAACCAACACUCAAAGUGCUAGGCUGUAGUGGUCAUUUAGACAAGGUGGUCACUAGCGAGAGUCAAACUGGAGGAGAUCUCUACCUUGGAACAGGUCUAAUUAUUGUUUUGUGGUUUUGUGGCUGGCUGGCAUAUCCUGAUCUUUGCUGUGAUUGGACUUAACAUAACUAACAUUUGGAUUCCUGAAAUGUUUUGGGUGUUCAUGGUUUUCUUAGUGUGUCAGUAAAGUUGUCACAUCAUGAAGGCAAGUAACUGAGAAAUCCUAUUGUUCUGAUUGAUGGUUGCUGGAUAUAAAGACUUAGUGACAACAAUCCCACAAACUUUGCAAUGCUAAAAUAAUGCAAAAUUUUAUCACCAAUACAAGGAAAUAAUUAUGUAUUGUUUAUCAGGUUACCCAUGACAGUCACAUAAAUUAUAAAUAAUGGAGACUUUGCGGCUUUCGACUCUUGACUGGUUUAAAUGAUCAUCUGAAAGAAGGGAGGGGAAGAUACAGUAAGUUGAUUUACGUGUACCAGGCAAUUCAACCAAUUGAUUGAGAUCCAUUUUCAUUCACAGGUCAAUUUUUACAUCUGUAUGGGGAGCAGAAGCAAACAAGCAAGCUUUAGGACAAUCCAUGAAACAUAAUUGACAAUAAAACUUUUUUAAUUGUUGAAUUUUAAAUACUAGACUAAAAUACCUGUACACACACUACUCUCACUCACAAGGUCACAUGUAUAAACUGCUACAGCGGGAAAUGUUUCUUUUUAUAAUAAUUACACCCCAUAAGCCAGAUACCCUUACCCUCUUCUGCUCAGGGAGGUGAUUGCCUUGUAAUAAUGGAGAACUAAGUAUUACAUAAUUGAGGG